UUGGCGCCAAAUGCUCUCUCACACUCUCAAAUAUUCUCUCUGAACUCUUAGCCCUAAUCAAUUAAUAGCUCUCGUAAUCUGAGGGAUUUCGUUUCGGAGACUUUCACUUCGCAAGAUCACAACGAAUGGCAGAAUCGCGCCCCCCUAAGCGCCCCAAAAUCUCUAGGGGGGAUGAUGAUUAUAUGCCGGGAAAUAUUCUUGAGAUUGAGCUUUGUAAUUUCAUGACAUUUGAUUACUUAAAAUGCAAACCUGGGCCUCGGUUGAAUCUUGUAAUUGGGCCCAAUGGUUCUGGUAAAAGUUCGCUUGUAUGUGCUAUUGCUCUUGGCCUCUGUGGAGAGCCCCAGUUGCUUGGGCGUGCUACGAGUAUUGGGGCAUAUGUGAAGCGGGGAGAAGAAUCUGGCUACAUUAAGAUCACCUUGAGAGGGGACCAUAAAGUGGAACACAUUACCAUUAUGCGUAAAAUUAAUACUAAUAACAAGUCUGAAUGGUUGCUCAAUGGAAAUGUGGUGCCUAAAAAGGAUGUGGCUGAAACCAUUCAAAGGUUUAAUAUACAAGUCAAUAAUUUGACUCAAUUUUUACCGCAAGACAGGGUCUGUGAGUUUGCAAAGUUAACUCCUGUUCAACUUCUGGAAGAGACCGAAAAGGCUGUUGGUGAUCCACAGCUUCCAGAGCAACAUCGAGCAUUAGUUGAUAAAAGUCGUGCAUUGAAGCAUAUUGAGUUGUCUCUGGAGAAAAAUGAAGGAACUUUAAAACAGUUGAAGGAACGGAAUGCUGAAUUAGAGACGGAUGUUGAACGUGUUCGUCAAAGAGACGAACUUCUUGCCAAGGCUGAAGCAAUGAAAAAGAAAUUGCCAUGGCUGAGGUAUGAUAUGAAGCAGGCAGAAUACCGGGAAGCUAAGGAGCGUGAGAAUGAUGCCGCAAAGGCAUUGGAGGAAGCUGCAAAGUUAUUAAAUGAUCUUAAAGAACCCAUUAUGAAACAAAAAGAAGAGAAGGCUGCAUUAUAUGCAAAAUGCAAAAAGGUUAGCAACCAUGCAAGUGAGAAUGCAAAGAAGCGAACCGAACUUAUGGAGGAGGAGAACAAAUUGGAUGUAGAAUUAAAAGGAAAAUACAAAGAAAUGGAAGAGUUGAGGAGGCAGGAAGAAACUCGACAACAAAAACUUGUAAAAGCUAGGGAGGAAGUUGCUAUUGCUGAACUUGAACUUGAGAAUCUACCCCUUUAUGUACCUCCUAAGGAUGAGCUUCAAAGACUAACGGCCAAAAUUGCGGAAUUGGAUUAUUCUGCUAAGCAAAUGAGGCAGAAGAAGUCACAAGCAGAAAAUGAAAUAAACCAUAAGAAGUCAUCCAUGAAUCGGAUUAAAGAAAGGUUGAUUGAAAUGAAUAAUAAAAGUACAAAGUGUUUGCAUGCAUUGCAAAGAUCAGGGGCUGAAAAAAUUUUUGAAGCUUAUAAAUGGGUCCAAGAUCAUCGGCAUGAAUUCAAUAAGGAGGUUUACGGCCCAGUUUUAUUAGAGGUGAAUGUCUCAAAUAAGGAUCAUGCUGCAUAUCUAGAGGGUCAAGUGGCUCAUUACACUUGGAAGUCCUUCAUAACACAAGAUUCUGGUGAUCGAGAUCUUUUGGCGAAACACCUACGGUUCUUUGAUGUAAAUGUUCUAAAUUAUACUGGCGGUGAUGGUCCCCAAAGAGAGCCUUUUGAAAUUUCUGAAGAUAAGCGUGCUCUUGGCAUCUACUCCCGGCUGGAUCAAAUUUUUGAUGCUCCUAUUGCUGUGAAGGAGGUUUUGAUUAGCCAGUUUAAUCUAGAUUAUUCAUAUAUUGGAUCCGAAAAAUCUGAUCAGAAUGCUGGUGAGGUCCGGAAAUUGGGAAUCCUAGAUUUUUGGACACCUGAGAAUCACUACCAUUGGUCCAAGUCUAGAUAUGCAAAUUAUGAAUCUGCAGUCGUUAAUCAAGUGCAACGCCCACAACUUUUAUUGAAUAAUUUGAAUGUUGGUGAAAUUGAGAAGCUGAGUUCCGAGCAAAGGGAGCUUGAAGAAAUUGUUGCUAAUUUGGAGGAAAGUGUUAAAAGGUUUCACGACGAAGAAAGAAGCUUACUGAAUCAAUCUGCUAAUCUUCGUAAACAGUGGGAGGACAUUAGUAUUACAGUACAGAAUGAGCAAAAGAAACGUCAAGCAAUCAUUAGCCGUAUUGAUCAAAAGAAAAAGUUCUUGAAACUGAUGGAGGAACGGGAUGAUCUAGAUACUGAGAUAGCAAAGCUUGUUGAUCAGGCUACAAAAUAUAACAUUCGGCGUUUCCAUAAUGCAAUGGAAAUUAAGGAUCUUCUUGUUGAAGCUGUGAGUUACAGACGGAUUUUUAUUGAACAACGUAUGGCUUUCAUUGAAUUUGAUGCAAAGAUUGUAGAAAUGGAGGCCAAUCUGAAGCAGCAUGAGAAAUUUGCCCUGCAAGCAUCAUUGCACUUUGAUAACUGUAAGAAAGAAUCUGAGAAUUGUAGACAGGAUCUUACAGAUUCCUUGAAGUAUGCUAAAUCAAUUGCUCGGCUUACACCUGAGCUAAAGAAGGAAUUUCUUGAGAUGCCUACUACAAUUGAGGACCUGGAAGCAGCUAUCCAAGAUACCACUUCUGAAGCCAAUUCAAUCCUUUUUGUCAAUCAUAACAUAUUGGAACAAUAUGAAGAUCGCCAACAACAGAUAGAAGAUCUUGCAGCGAAACUGGAAGCAGACAAAAAGGAAUCUACACGGUGUUUGGCUGAAUUAAAUAACAUUAAGGGAAAAUGGCUUCCAACAUUGAGAAACCUUGUGGCAAAGAUAAAUGAAACUUUCAGUUUUAAUUUCCAAGAGAUGGCUGUUGCUGGAGAAGUUUCACUAGAUGAACGUGAUAUGGACUUUGAUCAAUUUGGAAUACUUAUAAAAGUUAAAUUCAGAGAAAACGGACAGCUUCAAAAUCUCAGUGCUCACCAUCAAUCUGGCGGGGAACGCUCAGUUUCAACUAUUGUUUAUCUUGUUUCCCUUCAAGAUCUUACAAACUGCCCAUUUAGAGUCGUUGAUGAGAUCAACCAAGGGAUGGACCCAAUAAAUGAAAGGAAGAUGUUCCAGCAAUUAGUGAGAGCAGCAAGCAAGCCAAAUACGCCCCAGUGUUUCCUUCUUACCCCGAAAUUGUUACCAGAUCUGCAAUAUAGUGAGGCAUGCAGUAUAUUGAAUGUGAUGAAUGGCCCUUGGAUUGAGCAACCCUCAAAGGUCUGGACUGCUGGUGAUCGAUGGAGUAUCAUCACGGGACUUGUUGGAGACACCCAUUGUUAAACACCUGAGUUUUGCCAACCAACAUUGUUUGUUUUGGUGGGUUCUACCAAGACUUUUCCUUUAUGUAUAUUUUUGUAGUGAAGGGAGAAAAAAAACCGUUUACAUUUGAAGUAACUUACUACCUUCUCAUUGGUUAUAUAUUUAUAGUAUUGUAAAUGUCUUUCCUUUUUUAUUUAUGAUGUUAUGAUAAUUAACACCUUUGUUCCCCCCAAGUCGCUGGCAGAAUCAUUAGGGGUAUAAGCAAACAUGGAUUAUUUUGGCCAGUUGACUAUAGUUUGUUCAUUUGUAGGGGUGCACGCAAUGGUAUAUAUUCUUUAUAGCAGAUGUACAGUUAUGUUCA